CGACUGAUCCAGCAUACACCCCAUCGACAACCCAUCCUCUACACCAAGGAUGGUCCACGGCACCUCCCUACUUGGGUUACUUAUCCCGACUUUCGAGUCCGUUCUUGAAGUAGUCUGUCUUUCCGGCGCAGGAUGGUGGCUCGCAAAGUCUGGGCUCAUAGACAAGGACAUGCAGAAGAAGUUAGCAGCGCUGAAUAUGACGCUCUUUACGCCCUGUCUUAUCUUUGUCAAGCUGGCGAGUUCGGUCAAUGCGGAGGAGAUGAAGAAGUUGUGGAUUCUCCCUGUGGGAUUCGCGAUCUUGUGUGGCAUCAGUUUCUUCGUGGGACACUUGAGCGGAAGGAUAUUCGGUUUGAGGGGCAGAGAAAGUCUGUUUGUGGUCGCUUGUACGGUUUUCCAGAACAGCAAUUCCCUUCCCAUUGCCCUUGUUACAUCCCUCGCACGAACCGAAGAACGUCUACUGUGGAACCAGCUACCAAACGACACUCAGGAUGCUGUAGCAUCGCGCGGUAUCCUUUACUUGCUUAUCUUCGCCCAGCUUGGUCUCGUGAUCCGUUGGUCGUAUGGUGCCAAGUACCUCCUUGCACCUGCCCCCGUUGACGGCGAUGAAGAAACUAGCAUUGGAGCGAACAUCGGACGUGAAGCGAAUGAUUUGUUGGAUGAAAGCGAUCCGGAGGAUGACGAGGACGUAAUCGAGGAGACUACUCCUUUGACCAGGAAGGUCAUGAAGAGGCCAAAGCCAGUGAACGUCGGCGGACACGACUCCGGACACAACACGGGUACAAACCCCAGCCCUCGCAACCCAAGCUCCAACCACAUUACCUCUUUCCCUUCUCUCAACGGCAAUGGCAGCGCUCACACUGUCGAGAAGAAUCCGCUGUGGAAGCGCAUCGGAGUCACUCUUCUCGAUUUCCUCAAUCCUCCUCUCUCCGCAUUGCUCACCGCAUGUUUCGUCGCCGCUAUCCCACCUUUGCAGGAUUUCUUCUUCAAGCCCGGAACCUUCGUCAAUAACUCCUUUACCUCUGCCAUCAAGACCAUGUCCCAAAUGGCCGUUCCUUUGAUUUUGAUCGUUCUUGGUGCGAACCUCUCUUCGGACAUCAAGGCGCCUGCAAAUCUCUCGCCUGAGCGUCGCGCCUUAGAGAACCGCACUGUUUGGGCCGCUAUCUUCGGCAAGAUGCUCGUGAUCCCGGUCUUCCUCUGUCCGAUCAUGACCAUCAUCGCCAAGUACUUUGACUACGGAAUCAUUGACGAUCCCGUCUUUACUGUCGUUAUGUUUUUGUUGAUUGGAUCGCCCACGGCUCUCACAUUGCAUCAGAUCUGUCAGAUGAACGGCGUAUACGAAAGAGAGAUGGCACGGGUUUUGUUUUACAGUUAUGCGUGGUUCACGGUGCCGAGUACUUUGAUUCUGGUUACGCUGAGCUUGGAGGUCGUGGAGUGGGCCACUGGAGUUGGUCAUUGACUUGAUACGAUGAAG